CACCCAACUGGUUCGCCACGAACGAGAUAUGCCGUAUUGUUACAGUACAGACCUAGAUUUCCAAGUGACGAUAAGUAAAUUUUAGGUGUGUCGCGUAAUUUCGCUUCGUAACCAUGCGAAAAAAGUUGAAUAUUUAAAAAAAAAAUAUAUAAAAUAUAUAUAUAUAUUUAUAUAAAUUGAAAGUCAGGGACAAUGCAAACUAUCAGAAUUUUUAAACGAACAAUUAUCCCUAUAAAAUGUGCGUGCUUGUGUGGGAAGAUUCCACAUUAGGAGGUCAAGAUUGAUGAAAGAAGAAAAUGGAAGAUGAAAAGUUUCCUAAAAUAGAUAAACAAGGUGUUAUGAUGAAUGAUGACGAACAAGAUGAAUUUCAUACAGCUACACAAUUAUUUGGAGACAAAUUUUCAGCUGAAAUUCCAGAGAAGCAGGAAUUGAUUACCAAAAGUGAAGCAAAUGUUGAAACUGACAGUAAAGAAAUUUCAGAAAUAUAUAGAGCAAAUAAUAUUGAUUUGAUCCACAAAAAUGAAGUAUCAAGUAUGAAAUCUCAUUUAAAAGAUAAAUGUAACGAACUUUCAGUUUUAGAAAAUAGUUGCAUCAGUGAUGCUAGCAAGGAUCUUUUUCCAUCUUUUAGAAAUGAGUCACAGAAUUUUCAAAAUACAUUGAAUUUUAUCAACACAGAUAGUGGAUUUAUUUCUAAUGUUGAUGAUUCAUCAUUGCAGUGUCCUACUGCUAUUUAUAAUACAGAUAGUUUUUCAAUCAACUUUGAUAAUAGAGAGCUUAAAUCAUCAAGUUUUGACCAAAAGGAUAAAGAAACUUUCUCAGAAAGUGAUAAUGAAUCCUUAAUGAAAUCGUCUCUGGAUCCAAAUUCACUUACUAUUUCUUCUGUUUUAAAAUACUCUUUGAGGAGAACUAGACCACUAUUUCCUGAGAUUACUUUGUCUACUUCACCUGAACCAGUUUUGGAUGAGAAUGAAUCAACAUCUAUUUCUGAAUCUAAGAAUUCUAACAACAUUAUCAGUGAUUAUGCAAUGUUGAAUAAAGUUAAUAAAAUUUGUUUUGUAUCUGAAAACAAUAACAUCGAAAAUUUGCAAAAACUAUCUAAUUCUAAUUGUGAUGAAACUAAGAACAAGACGGAGAAUACAGAGGAUAAUUCUGUAGAUUUUUCUGCUUCCAAAUUAUCAAGUAUGAAAAAUGAUCAGAUAUUAAAAUCCUAUGAGAAAGCAAAUCAGAUUAAAGCUAUGACAAAUAAACAUUGUGUGAUAAUUAAGACUAUAUCUGAUGAAAAUUAUGAAAAAGAUGUAAAAAUAAAGCUUAGAUUAAGUACAUUAAUUGAAGCCUUAGAUCUUAUGUCUAAAGUACAAGUGCCUGUGCAAAAAAAUCAGAAUUCUUUAGAGGCUCUUGAUCUGCAAGGAAACCUCCAGUCUAAAAAUGAAAACUGUUUGAAUGAGAAAAGCUGUAUAAUGAAGAAUGUAUCAUGCAUAAAUACACCCAUUCAUCAUGAAAAGAGAAGGGACUCAAUUAAACUGAAUUAUGAUAAAAUAGAAAACAGAGAGCAUUCUAAGCAUCAAAAACCUCAUCCAGAAAAUACAUAUUUUCUGAGAUCACGUACAAGAAAUGAGAUUGGAAAAUUUUGUAAAGGAUGUGGGAAUUUUGUUCAGGAUGUCAAAAUGAAAUUGUCUAAUUAUUGUCAAAAAUGUCUAAAAAAACAAGAUGAAAAUAAAAAGCCUAAAAUCCCUAUUUUGAAUGAUAGGGAGUUAAACAAAAAUAAAGCAGGACGAGGAUCUUGCAAUUCUGAGAAGAAAUGUCAAGGUUCUAGAAUUCCAGUUAGCAAUAUUUCUAGAUUGCCACUUACACCUCAUCAGACUCAGGAGCCAUUCAAACAAAUUCUGCCAUUGAGAAGAUCUAGGAGAUGCCAAAAUGUCACCAGUACCAUUGCAAAAAAUCUUGCAGAAAAUCCACCUCCUCCUCUUAUACAGACUGUUCAUCCAAAAAGAGAACUAAGAAUGAGAACACCCUUAAGAGAGAGUAAUUCAUUAAAUGAGGAAACAAAAAAAAAUAAAGUAAAUACACCUAAAUCUUUAAGAUUAAUGAAUUUUUCUCCUUUACCAUCUGUUCACUACACUAAAAAUUUUACGAACUUAAAACAAAGGGAAUGGGAUCAGCUGACACAAAAACACACUGUUGAGAACAGAAAUGUGAAGAUGCAAUAUUUUCCUAGCCUCUUCAGGCCAACCAUUAUCAGACAUAAGGGAAACAAAAAUCUUCAAUGGGCGCAACAUCUAACGACAGAUAAAUCGUUAAAUUCUAGUCCUUCGAGAAUUUCUACUUUAACAGCUAAAUCUAUUUUAGUAAAACGUGAUAAGCAUGACAUAAUAUACCCUGAAGAUAUGCCAGUCAAUAUUAAUGAAAGCAUUAUUACAGAACAGUCUACAAAUGAUUCAUCAUGCUACAAGGAUAUUUCAACCAGCAUUAAGUGCACGACUUUAGAAGAAGUGCAUGUUCAUUAUACCAAUACCCUAUAUUCAAAAUGAAGCUAGGCUUAAUUAUAGAAACUGUAAAAAAAGGGAAAAG